AUGAGCAGUCCGCCAUCAUUCCGCCGCUCUCGACUCGAGCGCGCCAGCAGUGCAGACCUGGCGUCGUCGUCGCUGUUCCGCCGCUUCAAGCCGAGCAGCAUCAAGACGCCGACCUCCGAGCCGCUCGCCGCCUCUCAGCCGCCGCCGCGGCACUCGCACCGCCGCAUCCUGUCGCGCGACCGCCGGCGCCCCAUGGUCAUCUACUACUCGAGCAACUCGGCCGACCUGGUCGACGACUCGAAGCUCACGUCCACUGUGCGCAGCCUCGAUGCCACUGUGUACACAGAUGGCGAGUUGUCUGAAGACGAAUUGGCCACGCCCAGCUCCAAGCGCUUCGGCUUCGGCGACGACGACCGCUUCGACUCUGACGGGAAGGUGCCGGACUUCGCCGCCACCGCCGGCCCACGAGACACAAUGGGCCGCAGCCACAGCCGAGGAGGACGCGCGCUCAUGCGCAUGUCCCAGACCUUCAGCCGCGCCUCGGAGCGCAUCGACACGCACCAUGGCGAGGGACGUCGCCGCGCGGCGAGGCAGAGCGCCAAGUACGACGUGACGUGGCGAGAGGACGACGAGAGCGAGUGCUGCCGCGUGUGCUUCGCCAUGUUCACGAAGCUGUCGCGUCGGCGCCACCACUGCCGCGUGUGCGGCGAGCUCGUGUGCGGCGCCUGCUCGCAGGACCAAGUGUCUCUCACCGACAAGUUCUCCACCCCGAGACGCGCCUGUGUGGCGUGUUGCAGUUUGCUGCAAGCCAUGGCGUGCGCGGGAGACGACCGCGUUAAGGUAGUGGAGCCGGACGCGGCAACUGCAACGCCCGUCAAGAGGCACCACCAGUCGGCGCCCGCGGCAUCUUGCCACUCGCCUGCCGGCAACUCGAUGCCCGCGCCCGCGGCAACCCCUCGCUACCGCGACCGACUCACGGAAGUGCACCGAGUCAUGGCGGCCGGCAAACUGUCGCGUCGUCGUGGCAGCGCUGAGAAGAAAAUGUUCGUCAUCUCCAGUCGCUGGUUGCGCACGUGGCUGGCGUUCACGUCCUCGGCCAGUUCCAACUCGAGCCGCAAUUUGGACUACGGGUUUGAGCCGGAGAAAUCGUCCUCUCCCCCCAACGGCAAGAGCGACAAGGCCGCACCUGGUCCCAUUGACAACUUGUCGCUGUUGGAACUGUCCCGUGGCAAACUCGUGCGUCGUCCGGGUCUCAUCCGUGACGAAGUUCUCGCUGGUGAUGCGGCGAGCUCAGUCGAAGAUGCCGACUACCAACUGCUGUCUCCUGAGGUGUGGGAGGUUUUCCAGCGUCUGUACGGCGGCGCACCUGCCAUUUACGUGAAUUUGACCAGCGACGACCCCACCGAGUGGAUCGUUGACGUCUGUGGUCUGCUGGCUUCGGGUACCAAUGCCAAUGGCACGAAGGUGCAGGUGAUUCCUGCGGUGGAGCGAGCGCUGACUACGCGUCACCACAGCGAGAAUGCAUUCGUCGAAGUUCGAGACCCACGAUCGGGCUCGAACCCGGCCUGGACCCCAACGGAGUCGCCCGUGAACAGUCGAUUCGCCAUGUCGAGCUCCAAGCACCAGCCACCCAAGAGUCCGGCAUGGACGGCCACGAGCAGCAGCAGCAGCAGCUCGUUGAGCGAAGACAAGGAGCAGCCCACGAGCAGCGGCAGGAUGCAGCUUGAAGACUUGGAGUCGGACGUCGCGUCGAUGUCCGUCGGGGCGAGGAAAGCCUCGUCGGAGGAGCACCUGGCUGAGGAUGACGCCCGAUCCACGACCUCGAUGCGCAGCCCGACCGCCGCGCUGGCAGCAUCGGCCUUUGCCGUUGCUAUGAAGCAGGCGAGAUUGAACGCCCAGAAGGCCAUCGACGACCGCGCUUCCCGCGUCGUUGCCGCCUAAGAUACUUUCUACAUGUAGAGUAUUAAUCCAGAUCGAGGCAGGUCUACCAAACUUAUCUAUCAACAAAGCAUGCAUUGCACUCUU